AUGUCUCUCCGCAUCGCACCCCCAUCUGGUAACCCCAGCUCAACCACCAACACUACCACCCGCCAGACACAGCUCUCAAAGGGCGCCCCCUCAGCACCUGGUCUUCCCGAUACUCUCCGUAACAAGAUUACUCUACCCGCCACCGCAACCGCCUCGUCCACCAACAGCCCAGCCCUCAACGAUAUCCCCUCCUCCACACACCCUUUGGAGGCCCGCCUACUCGCCUGGCGCGCAACCCAAGAUGCCAUGAAGAUGGAGUCCCUGCGUCGGGCAUACGGCAUCGCUGAGCCCGUCCGCCGUGGCAUGGAGCUGAAGAUUGUCCGUGAUAGCACGUUCCGUCCGGCCGUGCUGGGCGGCAUGAAGGGUGGCAACAUCCACGAGGAUAUUCUUACGCUUGGAGGUCGGGAUACGGAGGUGAGCUGGGAGGAUAUUUUCCCUGGCGACGAGUUCCGGGAACCACCCACCUUCCACGACGAGAUGGAGAAGAGGUUGAAGAUGGACUUUUAA